UCCCACGCCGCUGAUACUGAUAGCCUCCCACCGAUCCAAUUCCAACCCUAACCCUCCGCCUCCGCCUCGCCUCGCCGGCGCCGAAGCCCUCGCCCGCUCGUCGGCGACCCCUCGGCACCUCAUCCUCCCCGACGCGCGCGCCUCCGCUCGCCGCCUUCGCCAACUGUUCCCCCCCGUAGGGGCGAGAGGGAUUCGUCGGCCACGGUCCGCAGCCGCAAUGGAGCAAGAUCAGGGCGUUGCUGCCGCGGCGGCGUCGGAGAAUCCAAGCGCCGGCCAGGGCGCUCACGAUUCCGGUAGCGCGGGGGCUGGCGCCGCAGCCUCUUCCAUUGCGUCUUUCGAUUCGGCCACUGCAAACCCUGACGCAAACGUUUACAGUCAGAAUCCGAGCUCCGUCCCGCAAGCCGAUGGCGCUCAGGGAGCGGAUGCCUCCGUGUACCCCGCCGACCACGCGCCGCUAAACGGGACAUCGGGCCAGGUGGUAGAUUACCAGUCUGCGGGGGCUGCAGAGAACGGCGCCGCCACAAACGAGAUGGGUGAGCCGGUUCCCGAGCAGUCCUAUGCGGAUGCUGUGCUUUCAGCAGAAGAAGCAAGGUUGUGGAAUGCCGUUACAGCGAAUUGCUUAGACUUCAAUGCUUGGACUGCGCUUAUUGAUGAGACAGAGAAAACUGCUGAGAGCAAUAUCUUGAAACUAAGAAAAGUGUAUGAUGCAUUCCUUGCGGAGUUCCCUCUCUGCUUUGGAUACUGGAAGAAAUAUGCAGAUCAUGAAGCACGUCUUGAUGGUGUCACAAAAGUUAUAGAGGUUUAUGAACGUGCAGUUCUUGCUGUUACUUAUUCCGUGGACAUUUGGUAUAACUAUUGUCAGUUUGCAAUUUCUACAUAUGAAGACCCAGAUAUCAUCAGAAGACUGUUCGAACGGGGUUUGGCAUAUGUUGGAACAGACUAUCGUUCCAAUAUUUUGUGGGAUGAGUACAUUAAGUACGAAGAAUCACUGCAGGCAUGGAGUCAUCUAGCCAUCAUAUAUACGAGAAUAUUGGAGCAUCCUAUAACACAGCUUGAUCGGUAUUUCCAUUGCCUAAAGGAGUUGGCCGCAACACGAAGUUUAUCAGAAAUACUUACCUCAGAGGAAGCUGCCAUGUAUUCUGUUACUGCCGAGAACACUGCUCAGACGCUUGAUGGAGAGACACAACCUGGUGAUGUAGAUAUGUCUGCUCAACCCGAAAUUUCAGGUUCAACAGAGGCAGAUAACCUGGCAAAAUACGUUUCUGUUAGAGAAGAAAUGUAUAACAAGGCUAAAGAGUAUGAGUCUAAGAUUAUUGGUUUUGAGCUAGCAAUUAGAAGACCAUAUUUUCAUGUCAAGCCCCUUGACAAUCCAGAGCUUGAAAAUUGGCACAACUAUCUUGAUCUUAUUGAGAAAGAAGAAGACAUAAAUAAGGUUAUCAAGCUGUAUGAAAGAUGUGUUAUUGCAUGUGCUAGUUAUUCAGAGUUUUGGAUCCGUUAUGUGCUAUGCAUGGAAGCUAGAGGAAGCAUAGAACUAGCAAACAAUGCUCUGGCUCGUGCCACUCAUGUUUUUGUCAAGAAGCAGGCAGAGAUCCAUCUGUUCAGUGCAAGAUUCAAGGAGCUUAGUGGAGAUGUCUCUGGAGCACGUGUAGAAUACCAGCAUCUUUAUUCUGAUCUGUACCCUGGCCUUUUAGAAGCCAUUGUUAAGCAUUCUAAUAUGGAGCACCGAUUGGGAGAUAAAGAAUCUGCUUGCUCAAUUUAUGAGAAGGCCAUUGCCGCUGAAAAGGAAAAGGAUCGGAGCCAGAUUUUGCCUACUUUGCUGAUUCAGUACUCACGAUUCUUAUCUUUGGCCAUCGGUGACAUCGAGAAGGCAAAGGAGACGCUAACUGGUUUUCUCGAACAAUGCGAUUUGACAAAAUCAAUUAUUGAGGCUAUCAUGCAACUAGAGUCGAUCCUUCCAUCUGAAAAGCGUAUUGAAUUUUUAGAUUCACUGGUCGAGAAGUUUCUUACAGCUGAACCAACCGAAGGGGAAGUCACAAGUCUAGCUGACAAGGAAGACAUAUCUUCCAUAUUUUUAGAGUUUUUGGAUCUAUUUGGGGAUGCACAAGCGAUCAAGAAGGCUACCAAUCGGCAUCUUACUCAUUUUUCGCGGAAGAGAAGCAUGCUGUCAUCAAAGAAGCGAAGAGCUGAUGAUGUUAUCAUGUCAGACAGAGAUAAAUUGGCUAGGAUUGGGGAUGGUACUCAGCCAGUUGUGGGAACUGAUCCAAAUGCUCAUAAUCCUCCAGUUUGGCCAGCGACAUCUGAAGCAUCGGGGCAACAAUGGGGAGCUGCUUAUGCACCACAGGCCACUUAUCCUGCGUAUGGAACUUACGACUACAGCCAUCAAAUGCCUCAAUCUGCUCCUCAAGCAGCUGCUUACGGCGCCUAUCCUCCAACAUACCCCGCUCAGGCCUACACACAACAAACCUAUGCACAACCUUCAGCAAUGGCGGUGGCGGCACCAGCACCCGCAGUGGCACCGGCGGCAGCUUACCCUCAGCAACCUGUUGCAGCUCAGCAACCAUAUUAUGGAACAGGAACAUACUACUGAUCUGUAGACUGAUUCAAGAGGGUGCUACGAAAGUCUGUUUAUUUGUUCUCGCGCUUGUAUCGCUGCAGCCUAAAUUAGCAUAUUUUACUGAUGAUACUGUAGGUCGAAGCCAUGGCAGGACCCUUUGUAUUAGUACUACUAGCGUUACCAGAAGACUAGUUAAGCACAUGAUUUGUAUAGCACCUCGUGACAUUUUCCUGCUAGCAUAAUGGUCCAUUGUUUUCAUCUCUAAA